GUAUAUGUAAGCGUACUUUGUAAACUUUUUUUUUUUAAUUCAAGGACAAAUAGUUGCCUUCUCAGAUGUAUUUAUACGGUACUGUAGUUCGAGAAUGAUCAGUCAAAAGGUACCAGUUUCUAUAGUAUUAUUUCAAUAAAAGUAAAGCUGUUUUAGUUUGAAAUUUUUAGAAACUGUGUUGCCGUAGCAAUUGAUUUAAAACUUUUCAGAAGGCCACCAUAAAUUACGGCGCUUUUGCUUUUAAACAAACCACAAACCGGGUUAACGGACCUCACCGCGGCGUGAUGACGCCACACUCCCAGAACGUCUAGAGCGCGUCGGACGUGAUGACGUCACAUUCCCAGAAUGUUCAGAGCGCGUUGGACGUCAGGCGGUUCAAAGAGGAGGAAAGAUGGCGGACAACAAAGGCCAAGGGGAUACGGAGAGCUCGGCUGGCAUGGAGGUGGAACCCCCGGCUGCGGUCAAUGGAGACGCCGGGGCUAAACACUCGGACUCGGUAAAUGUUCAAGACGCCGCGCAGAGGGAUGGAGGUGACGGACAGCCUCGAGAAAACGUUUCGCAAGCGCCGACACCCACCGCCGACGGUGGCGGAGGAGGCGAAGGCAGCGAGACCGCUGGAGGAGGGGAAGUCGGCGCCGACCGGAGUACUCCAGACGGGACGACGAACGUCGAGGGCGCAGAGCCCACGGUGCCCGGGGGAGACGGCACCGCCGCGGGCACAUCCCCGGCCCCUACCGUCGAAACGCCGACUCCCAUAUCAGCUCCGCCCGCCGUCCCGAUCAACCUCUUGGAUACGUGCGCGGUGUGUAAACAAAGUCUUCAGAAUCGCGACUGCGAACCAAAACUCCUUCCCUGCCUUCACUCGUUUUGCCUGAAAUGCAUUCCGCAACCGGAGCGCCAGAUCAGCGUGGGAGUCCCGGGCCCGCACGGACAGGACACACACAUCGUGAAUGUCAUGCGGUGUUUGGUCUGCUACCACGAAUACAAACAGACUGACAUGGUGGACAAUUACUUUGUGAAGGACACAACUGAGGUCUCUAGCACUUCAACACAAAAAUCUACACAGGUCUGCACCAGCUGUGAAGAUAAUGCCAAUGCCAUUGGGUUUUGUGUGGAGUGUGGGGAAUGGCUGUGUAAGACAUGCAUUGAAGCACACCAGAGAGUCAAGUUUACCAAGGACCAUACAAUACGCAAAAAAGAGGAGGUCUCGCAUGAGUCAGUUGGUACUUCAGGACAGAGGACGGUUUUCUGCCCCAUUCACAAGCAGGAGGCGCUCAAGCUCUUCUGUGAGACCUGUGACAAGUUGACCUGCAGAGACUGCCAGCUGCUGGAGCACAAAGAGCAUAGGUACCAGUUCUUGGAGGAGGCUUUUCAGAAUCAGAAAGGAAUAAUUGAGGCAUUAAUGGCCAAACUGCAGGAGAGGAGGAAUUAUGUGCAGUAUUCUGCAGCUCAGGUUCAAAACAGGAUAAAGGAGGUGAAUGAGACACAUAAGAAGGUGGAGCAUGAAAUUAAGAUAGCUGUCUUUACCCUCAUCAAUGAAAUCAACAAGAAGGGCAAAUCUCUGCUUCAACAGCUAGAGAGUGUGACGAAGGAGCGCAGCAUGAAGCUGAUGAACCAGCAGCGGGAGAUCGGUGCGGUGUCACAGCAGGUCCUGCACGUGCUACGCUUCACCCACUGGGCCAUCAGCAACGGCAGCAGCACCGCACUGCUCUAUAGCAAAAGACUGAUUACAUACCAGCUGCGCAGUGCCCUAAAGGCGCGUGUUGACCCAGUACCUGCAGCCAACGGUGCAGUCCGGUUCUUCUGCGACCCAACCUUCUGGGCCAAGAACGUCGUCAACCUUGGUAACCUGGUGAUUGAGAAGGUGCCACCGCCUCCUACCCACCCUCCCAACAUGAUGAUUGGUCAGCAGCUGUCCCCCGGGCACGGUGGCCCAGGCAGCAAGCACCCCGGGCAGAUCAACUUGGCCCAGCUCCGCCUGCAGCACAUGCAGCAGGCUGCGUUUGCCCAGAAGCAGCAGCAGCAACAGCAGCAACAGCAUCAGCAGCAGAUACAGCAGCAGAUGCGCAUUGCUUCCCAGAUGUCCCAGCAUCCUCGGCAAGGAGGACCACCACAAAUGAUGCAGCAACAGCCUCCCAGACUCAUCAGCAUGCAGUCGCUGCAGAGGGAGGGGGUUAACGGCUCUGCCCACAUGUAUCCCCCACCCCCUCACUUGCGCAUGACAACUUCUCAGAGCCGCAUGCCCGUGACCCAGCCCCGCCUCAACGGCCAGCCAUACCCCAUGAUGCAACCACAGCUCCAGAGACAGCUUUUUAACAUCCCUCCUCAGCCUUCCUCUGAAAACGACCGUGUUCUCUCCAACCUCCUGCAGCAUUCCAACCCCGGCCACGCGGGGCCUUUCCCCGUGGCAUCAUUACACAACGUCAGCGCUGCCAACCCCACCAGCCCCACAAGCGCCAGUAUGGCCAGUGCUCUUGGCCAUCGGGGGCCCACCAGCCCUGUGGUGGGCCCCAUCGAGCUCAUUCCCUCUGUCACCAACCCUGAGAACCUUCCCUGCCUCCCAGACAUCCCCCCGAUCCAGCUGGAAGAUGCAGGUUCCAGCACGUUGGACAAUCUCUUAAGCCGGUUCAUCUCUGCUAGUACACAACCGCCAUCUCUGCCUCCCACCAGCAACCUCAACCCCUCACCAGGGCCCUUAAUGCACUCUCCAGGGUCAUCAGGGUUAUCAACCUCGCUCACUCCAGCACGCCCAUCCAGCUCCUCCAGCACAGGAAGCCGUGGCAGCUGUGGGUCUGCGGGUAGGUCCGGGACUGGGAGCUCAGCUGUAGACCAGGUGAAGGUGAAGCAGGAGCCAGGAGCUGAGGAGGAGUGUGGAUUCUCCGGGGCCAAUGUCAAGACUGAACGGAGCAAAGACGGCCGGCGGAGCGCUUGCAUGAUGAGCAGCCCAGAGGCCAGCGUCACACCCCCUCUCCCUAUCCUGGGUUCCGUGUCCACCGGUUCAGUACACGAUGUUCUGCGGAACCUGGGAGAGAACGUUAAAACGGAGCCGCGAGGCGAUGGCCAACCCACAUCCUGCAGCGGUGGCGGCUCGGCGCAGGACCAGAGCUUCAGCAGCAGCAUAAGCAGCACUCCUCUGACCAACGGUAGCACGGACACUGCAGGCGGUCAGGCGCCACCCCCGGCGCGGGGCUCCCAGGGGGGCGGAGCAGCCACUGCCAGCUCACAGACCAGCAUAAGCGCCAACAGCCAGCCGAGCACCGACGGAAAGGAGGAUGACCCCAACGAAGACUGGUGUGCGGUGUGUCAGAACGGGGGAGAGCUCUUGUGUUGUGACCGCUGCCCUAAAGUCUUUCACAUCACCUGUCACAUCCCCGUCCUGCGCUCUUCUCCCAGUGGAGACUGGAUGUGCACGUUCUGCAGAAGUCUGACCAACCCAGAGAUGGAGUAUAACUGCGACGACGACCCUCCCAGUAAGAAGGACAAGAGUGAGCGAAGCCUGAGCACUGAGGACCAGCGGAGAUGCGAACGCCUGCUUCUCUACUUAUUCUGCCAUGAGCUGAGUGUGGAGUUUCAGGAGCCAGUUCCCUCCUCGGUGCCCAACUACUAUAAGAUCAUAAAGCACCCCAUGGAUCUGAACCAGGUGAAGAGAAAAUUGCAGCGAAAGCACCUGCAGCAUUACCAAAGCCCCAAAGACUUUGUGUAUGACGUCCGUCUGGUCUUCAGCAACUGUGCCAAGUACAAUGAGAUGUCUCGAAUAAUCCAGGUAUAUGAUGAGGAGAAACAGAGUAAUGUACAGGCCGAUUCCGAGGUGGCAGAGGCCGGCAAGGCCGUGAGUCUGUUCUUUGAGGAGAAGCUGGUAGAGAUCUACCCCGAUCAGAGUUUCCCCGUCGAAGCAGAAAAAAGACCACGAGCGGAGGGCGACGGCGAAGCAGCAGACGACUCGGACGACGAAUUUGUGCAGCCAAAGCGGAAGAGGUUAAAAGGAGACGAGAAGCUCUUGCACAUUAAGUGAAGUGGGUCUUACAGGAAGUGGGAACCACAGAGUGUUACGGUCUUCCUCACAAUCUCAUUCUGCUCUGGCCAGCUCAAAUGCUGGACCCAACGGUAUUACAUCACCCUGCUCUAAUUUAUGUUCUACUUACCAUGAAGGUUCAUUGUAAAUAAGAAAGAACAUCUUAAAAUGAAAGAGCCUUUUUUCCCUGGUUUUUUUUGGGGGGG